CAACUCCUCGGCCGGCGGGCGACCCAGCGCGGACAGCAAGAAGGAGCCGCCGACAUGCCUACGCUUAUCGUGCCGUCGGCCGCCACCAGCGCCAAGGCCGCGGGGGUGGGCCGCCGGGUGGUGCUCACCGGCUCCAACGUCGUCGGCAACCUCGCCGCCGUGGUGCUGACGCUCGCGCCGGUGUUCACCUUUGCUCUGCCAAUCUGGAAUGAGAAUGCGGUCGGCGAUAGGACGGUGUAUGGACAUGUCGCCACGCUGUUCACCAGUGUGGCGUGCUUCCUCUACGGCCUACCGUCCUAUCCGGACGGCUUCGUCUCGCUGGCCAUAAACAUAACCUCUGUCGUGUUCCAGCUAGGGUACAUUGCCGUGUUUAUCUGGUUCGCAGCCGGGGUGGCACGCCGCCGUGCUCUGUACCUCCUUGCCACAAUCCUCAUCACGUCUACUAUCAUCACCUCCUUGGCCUUAACCAAGGUGGUCGCCACGAAUUUCGUCCCCAUCGUCGCCAUGGUCACCACCUCCUUCAACUACAUCUCCGUCGGUGUUGAUGUGGUAAGUGGAACAAGUUUCCAUCUCUACAUUUGGAUGUUUACGGUUGCAUUGAGUUAA